ACUCACCGGUUUCUAGCUCAGCACUGGCCCGGCUUUAAUUCGGCUCGUGUCCAAGACAACACGAAGCUCUCAUUCAUGUGACAAGUUGAACUUUUCUGAGGCUACUUCCUGGGUAUUUCCCGCAGGUUUCGGAGGGAGGUUGGGGAUCCGGCUGGACAGUUUGUAAAAGUUGAUUUGUUGGUGGAUUGUUUUUCAGCCGAACUGAAGGACAGCUUCUUCAGCUCUGAAAACGUCUCGAGUGACCCUCCACGACUCACUGGCUUAAACAUGAGCGCCUCCCGGCAGCGAGCCAGAGACCUGGUGGGCGUCUACGACCUCAGCCUGGAGCGGCAGAUCGUGGGCGGCGGCUGCAGCCUGGCGCUCCGAGACGAGGAUCUGUGGCGGCAGGUGGAGGAGCUGCUGAGGGCCGGAGACGCUCAGGAGACCCACUGCCUGGGCCUGGACCCGCUCAGGGUGAUGGAGGAGUCCCUGAAGGCAGCAGCGUCCGGCGGGAGGAGGCCCCGGGCCAGAGGAGGGCUCAGGGGCCUGGCCAAGGCCUUCGAGGUGCUGGAACAAGCUGCCCUGAACCUGUACCUGGGCCCCUGGAGGGACGAGUACCGGGUCAUCAAGAUGUACUCGGGCCUGUUCACCCACCACAUCGCCCCGGUGCUGUCGCCGCCACAGAUCCAGAAGCUGUUCGGCCUGCUGGGGUACCAGCUGAACCCGGCCCGGCCCGAGCAGCUCCGCCUGCACCCGGCCAGGACCGGCGCCGGCUCUCUGGACGACCUGCUCCGUCUGUCCUGUGCCUUCUUCGUGGCUCGAUGCGAGUGUCGCCUCCUGCUGGCGGCUCUGGGGAAGCACGAUGGCGACGUCCAAUGGGAGCUGAGCUUAGUGAGGGAGCGGCAGCAAGGCGGCAGCCUGCAGGCGGCCCUGGACGCCACCCAGAGGACGCUGGAGGCCGAGCAGCCGCUGAUGGAGCCAUUUGACCGAGACGUGGACCUGUACCAGGACGAGCAGGUGAACGGGCAGCAGCAGCAGCCGGUCGCCGCUGACGACUGCGGUCCGCACUCCGUCACCUGGACGACCCCCAGCAGCGCGUCGCCGCCUACCGCCGGAACACACAGCAACGGAGCAACGUCGCCGCCGCCGGAGCCAGAGGCCAGCUGGAGCUCGAUAGUCAGCCGGAGGCCGAGCAGGAGGCCCGGCCCAGAGUCCAGGUUCGACGCCGCAGACUCUCCGCUGCCGGAGGCCACGGAGGCCGACCAGCUGUGCAGCUGUCUGCAGGCGCCUCAUCUGGGUCUGAGGCGCUGCAUCGAAUGCGACGCCCUGCACGACGCGUCCUGCGCCUCGCUGGAGGUUUGCAGAAUGAGCAGCCACAGCGUGACCUUCAGCGGCGAGGCGGCGGGAGCGGCGUCGCCACAGAGGGCGUCGCCCACGGUGAUGGCCUCCCUAACGCUGCACGACGAGCCCACAGCACCGAGCCCCGCCCUGCAGCCCAUCAGCUACCACGACUGCUGCGACCUCACCAGGCUGAACCCGGAGCUGCUGUGCCGCAGCUGCAGCGUCUUCCACGCCGGCUCCUGCAGGGAGGGCAGCCUCUGCCAGGCCGGCCACGACGUGCAGCCGCUGGGCGUCUGCUCCUGCGGGAGGCUCUGCUCCAGGAGGCCUCUGGUUCUGUGCCGGUACUGUGGAAACGAGUACUGCAACCCCUGCUGGUACCGGAACCCUGUUAGCUGCAGCUGCGGCCAGACGUUCGACCAGUCGACUUCGGUCUGAGCUGCACCUGAACAGUUUUGCACUAAAGAGGCACAUUUACAGUCCCAGUGCCUUAAACCUGAUCCUGGAGCGCC